AUGGACAACUUCUCUGGGGCAUUACUGACAUGGAAAAACAUCAACUUCUCCGAGCUUCAAAAGACGCUGGAUGCGCAGGGUAUCGAGCUCGUGGAGAACCAGAAGGAGAGCGUGGUCGGGAGGAAGGCUCUGGCCGAUAGGACAAAGGGUACGUGCAGCCACUGA